UUGUAAAUAAUAUACAAUUGAGCUACUUCAAUAAAUGAUUGUUAGACCUCAUAAUACAUUUUGAACCCGAAAAAUAUAUAUAAUUUUCGCUCAACAUUACUAUUAUUAAAUAAAUAAAUAAAAAAAAAACAUUAAAAAUAAAAUCGACUUGAAUCGGAAAUUUUCUUUUAAGAAUGCGGAUUCACUCGAGCUCCCAACCGAUUCAAAAAACAAUAUUCCUGAUGUUAUAAUAAAUUCACCGCAAUGAUAAAUGAAGGAAUCGACUUCAGCUUGAAUUAAUAAUAAUGUGAAGAAUUAUCAAAACAGUCUUUUAUUUGACAACAAAGUAAUAAAGAAAAAUUUUUCAACAAAUAAAAAACAAUGGAAAAAGCAGUUAAAUAUCGGAAUAAAGAAUGUGUAGGCGUUUGUGAAGCGUCAACAAGCACAAAACAAUUUUCAAAUGAAAUGAACAAAUUUCAACAAUUGAAAAAUUCUUCUCCUUAUUGUUUAAUUAGUCACACGUAUCAAUUAGAAUUAUCUACUUUGUGUUUAUUGAAAAAAUCUUCAUUUAAAAAUUCCAAAGAUUCAAUAAUAUUUCAAAAUUCUGUAAGCGGUCAAUUUGACAAUAUUAUCCUGUGUUUUAGAGAAGAAGCAAUUUGCAUAAAAAUACAACACGUUGAUACGUAUUACAUAAAAGCAAGUUUGGAUUUUGAUUCAUUUUUUUCAAAUAGAAAUGGAAAUUUUACACUGAGAAAUUAUCUCAAUGAAUUUGCAACUUUUCUUUUUCAUUCAAAUUUUAAAUUAAAUCUACCGAAAUAUUUAAUAAUCUACACAAAUUCAGCUUUAAUUCUGACAAUGGAUAAAAAAUUGAAACAAAUUGAAACAACAAAUUGUGAUCUUCAAUUUACCAAUAUCAAUUCAAAUAUUCACAAUGUUUUAGUUGAUUUAUUCAAAAGUAAUGGAGAAUUUUAUCAAUUUGCUAAUGAUGAAAAAACACGAAAUCAAUUAUUCAAAUUGGUAAAAUUUAAAGACAACAUUAUCAGGGAAAUAAUAAGAAAAGGAUUUUCUGUUGAAGAAAUAAAACAAAAAUUUUUUGAUCGAUUAAUUUUUGCUGUUAAUCAACCAAAUUUAGAGGAAUUAAUUGAUAAUGUUCGGCGAGAAAUUAGAAAAAAAAAAUGAAAAUUUAAACAAACUUAGAAACGAGAUAAUUAGUCAAUUGAUAGAGGAUGAGAAAAAGGAAAAUAUAAAUAUCGAAAAUAUCCAAUCUACUAUCUACAGUUUUAAUUUAUUUAUGUUUUGCAUUCAUGAUAUGUUUAUGAAUGAAAAUAUUGUUGCGAUUAAAUUCGAAGAGAGAAUUUAUAAUAAAAUCGCUUUUAACAAUAUUAGUAUAAAUUUUAGAAAUAAUUUUUUUUACCUAAGGCCUCUCGAGGUAGAUGUCAAUAAAUUAUCUCUUAUGGAAUUAACGAAACAAAGAGACAUUUUCUCAAUUGAUUCACAUUUUUCUUUCUUUAUUGAAGAAUUAGAUGAAAAUCUCGAUUAUUUUGUUAUUUACACAAAUUUAAGCGUUACACUUCUCAGGGAAUUAAUUUUAGGAAAUAAAUUUCUAACAAAAGAAAUGGUGGUGACCAAUCGUCUAAAAUUCAAUCAACUAGAUGUUAUGGAAGAAAAAUUUGCUAUUUUCAAAAAUUCCUACAUUAAUACAAAUAAUCUUUACCAAUUUUCGCAAGAUGAAGCGGAAAAAAUUAUGGAUUUACUGACAAUUCCAGCUUGUUUUCACUCGAGAAAAGAAGUAGGAAAAUUUUCCAAUUUCACCGAAAAUGAAGUAAAGAAAUUGUUUCUCAAUAAAAUUGUUUUUGCUGUCAAACAACCAAAUUCUGAAGAAUUGUAUAAAUUUCUCGAAAGUAAUGUAAAUAUUUCUCAAGUUCCUUAUGAUUUUGAAAAAUUGUAUAAAAUAACGUUGCGUUAUUUGCAGUCACAUGAAUUUUUCGGUUUAACAAAAAAUUUAAUGCUUACACUUUGUUGCGAGAUGCAACAAGAUAUAAAGUCAGAAAUCACUGAAAAAAUCGAUGAAGAAUUUCAAAAAAAAGAAAAUAAUAGUGCAUUAGUAAAAACUGAACAAAAUGAAGAAUUAUCAGAAGUUACUAAAAAAGAAUUCAUUUCCAGUGAUGUAGAAAGGACAAUUAAAAAAUUAAAGAAAGAAAUUGAUAGUAGUGAUUAUGAAGAAUCAAGUGAUGAUUUUUCAUCCGAUGAAUCAAACAGCAUUGACGAAGAGAUUAUUAGAGAAAAAUUUGAAAAUGCAUCAAUAUCACAAAUUGGAAGGCAAAACAUUGUUAAAAACGAAUUAAGAGGAAAAAUUGUUUUUCUUUUUAAUCUUUUUCCAGCAUGGAAAAAUGGUAAACGUUCUCAAGAUAAAUUGAAACGUUUAAUAAAAGAUCAAAUGCUUAUAAUUAAUAAUGCACAAAAUUUAAAUAAUUUUCUAGAAAGUCAAGUAAGAAAAAAAAUAAUUGGUCGAUAUGAAUUGGAAGAUUUAAAAUCUCUAAUUAAUCACGGUCCUUUUACAGCAAUAGAAUUGGAGAAUUAUCUACAACAAGAAAUAAAAACAUCUGUAAAAUCAUUUAAAAUGAAGGAAUAUAAAUUUGCUAAUGUUAUUUUUGGAAAUGAAAAUAAUUUACAGUUUAAUGAAUUUUUAACAUUUUUAAUGCGAGGAGAUGGAAAAAAAUAUUUAGAAAUAUUUCAGCAAAAUAAAAUAUCAUCGGUAUAUGUGUCAAAAGUUUUGAAAGGAUCAAAAAAUGAUGCAAUUUAUGCAUUUAGAGAAUUGUAUAUGCUUUGGUUUGAUAAAAAUCAUCAAAUGAGGUUUUAUUUAAAAAAUUUAAAAAGAGAAAAUAUAAAUUUAAUGCACAUUUGUAUUAUAAUUUAUGGAUCAGGAAUUUAUGCAUCACAAGAAUUUGAAAAAUUAUAUAAUCUUUGGUUUGAUAAAGCGGGGAAUAAAACAAAUUAUUUGAAAUCAUUUGAAGCAAACAAAAUAAGUGUUAAGAAUUUGUGUUUAAUUUUCAAAGAAUCAGGAGUCAAUGCUACAAAGUCUUUUCAAAAUUUCUAUAUGAUCUUUGUUUUGAUGCAAAAGGGAAAAAAACGAAAUAUUUAAAUAUUCUCGAAAGUGAAGAAAUUAAUUUACAUAUAUUAUCAAAGAUAUUACAAGCAGCUGGAAAUAAAACAAGUCAAAUUUUUCAAAAAUUAUACAAUUUUUGGUUUGAUAAUGAAGACAAUAAAACCAUGGUUCUUGAGAAUUUAGAAAAAAAUGGAAUUAAUUUACUGUAUGUUGCAAAGUUUUUACUUAAAAAAGGCAAAAAAGCACCUGAAGAAUUCGAAAUGUUUUACAAUUUUCUAUUUGAUAAACAAGGUUACAAACAUGAUUAUAUUCGAAAUUUGGAGAAAGAAAUUGAUAUGAAAACAAUAAUUGAAAUUAUAUGUGGUUAUAAAUCGGAUAUUAGAAGUUUUAAAAAUUUAUAUAAAUUAUGGUAUGAUUCAAGGGGAAAUAAAACUAAUUCUCUUUUGAAUCUUGAGGAAAAUGGAGUUAAUUUAAAAUGUUUGUCAAUCAUUUUAAAAGGAACGGGAUCGCACGCAUGUCAUAUUUUUAACAAAUUAAUUAAUUAUUUGUUUGACAAAAAGGGAAAUAAAACAAAAUAUAUGAAGAAUAUAGAAAAUGUUAUAGAAUUGAGAGCAAUGUUAGAAAUGGUAAAUGGAGCAAAGAAAAAUAUUUUCAAAAUAUUUGUGAAAUUAUAUGAUCUUUGGUUUGAUACACAAGGAAGGAAAACCUAUCGGCUUUUGAUUUUGGAGGAAAAUGAAAUAACUCUAAUGGAAGUUGCGAGAAUUUUAAGUGAUUCAGGAAGUAAGGCCGAUAAAAAAUUUAAAAAAUUCUCUAAUUCUGUGGGUAAAAAUAAUUUACAAAAACACGAAUUAUUUGAACAAUUUAAAAAAAGUGAUAAUUAAUAUUUUCUAUAUUACUUUUUUUUAUAAAAGAAAAGUAUAAACUAUAAAAAUUAUAAUUUUCAAUAAAAUUGCUAAUUUUCUGUAUUAAA